AUGGAGACUACAGAUGGACAGGUCGCACGUCGCCUCUCGUUUGAGUCCUGGUUAGAUAAGUCUGAAGCACUAGUUGGAUCAUAUUCUCAUGGUCUUAUCACACCAACAAAAAACCGAUAUAUGCCUACCACAUAUUCAUCAUUUAUACCUGCAUGUGUGGAUGAAAUGAAUCCUACUGUUGGAAUGUCCUUUGAUUCUAUACAAGAGGUGGAAGAGUUUUAUCUCUACUACUACUUAAGUGUCUAUCGUAGGCGUCCACAUUGGCCAGUGGUGCACGGUUCUGCCCUGAGCGCCUGCCCACACACAGCGCUCCUUUCCAUCGAUGUCGUCUUCCACCUCACCCUGAGCGCUCGCCUGCCAUCAUCCCGUGCUCACCUCCCUGCGAUCCCCUUCCACCGACGGCACUCACCUUCCAUCGACAAAACGGAGGUACCACGCCUCCCUCAGGGUGCCCUUCCAUCCAUGGCGUCGCCGCGACCACCCCCGCAAUCACGAUCAUGUGCUCACCUCCCCGCAAUCAAGGUCGUCACGCCCGACGAGGAUGGUCGCCAGUCGCCGCACGGCGGUCCGGUCCCCAACGACGGCUCCGGCGCAGGCGCGAGGAAGAAGCUCCGGCUCACCAAUGAGCAGUCAACGCUGCUCGAGGACACCUUCCGCGCCCACAACAUACUCUCCAACGCGCAGAAGCAGGAGCUCGCACGGCAGGUGGAUCUCAGCGCUAGACAGGUGGAAGUGUGGUUCCAGAACACACAUGUUCAGAUAACACACAUGUUCAUGCUCAUGCUGACCCCACACAAUGGGAUUUUCCCAGCAAUCAGCUUGAUAGGCGACAACGUCAUUGUCGGGAUCUUCUACUUCAUUGGAUUUGCAUUGUUCUGCCUGGAGGCUUUUCUGAGCAUGUGGGUCAUUCAGCUUCUGCACCCUUCUGAUCAGUUUAGAAGAGAACCUAGAGAACCAUGCACUUGUGGAGUUGUUCAUCUAGAAAGUGACACCAUUAUUGAAUAUGAUUGGUAA